UUUUCAACAAACAAGUAACUUCCCCUUUAUAUGAUGACACAAUUCAAAUAAUUAAUAAUGCAUUUUGAAGUUUAUUAGUUCAUCAUAAACAUGAAGUGGACUUGGAAGCGCAUUAAGAAGGAUUACCAACCAUAUCGCCACUCAAAUGCUUAGCUUCUGAAAGUGGGCAUCUCAACUGAGAUAAAAACACAGUAUAAAAUCAGAGACAAACAGGAAGAGAUCAAAUGAGAGAGAGAACAAGGGCUGGGUUGGGAUCACUAUCUGACUUUUUCCCCCAAUUGCUACAAGAUGCCAAAACGCCUUUAUCUAUGUAUUGUGAUAUCCUGGAGCUGAGAUGGAGCUGGAACAGACAGAGUGCUGCCACUGAACUCCUAAAACUAGAAUACCAAUACACCAGAGGCUUCACACAGAUAGAAAGAGGAUGAGAGAUAGAAAUAGAGAAAUAGAAAGAGAGAGAGAAAUGGUGAGUGUCUGAGAGAGAGAGAGAGCGAGAGAGAGAUAGGGGGGGACGGAAAAGUGCUGCCAGUCGAGCAGGGUAGGCAGACAGCACACAGGCAGGCAGAAGUUUACAACAGAGAGAAACUGAGGAACCGUUGAAAGGUCUAAUUAUACAAUACAACAGGCAACGGGAUAGCAGUGUCUGGCUGCAGCAGCGCCACAGAGGUUAGCUCAGUUCUCAAGUGUUUAAUGGCAGUUAGUGGACAACAGAUAGAAGCAGGAGAAUCACAGUGAACUUCUGAUACAGAAGCCAUGGAGGAGUUCAAACGAGGGAGAUCUGAUACCCUGGACACACAGUCAGAGGGUGAGGAGAUGAACCCGGUUACCCUGGUAACCACAAUGGCCGCUGACCCAGAGGUGAACUCUGAGCCCUCCCAGGCAGAGCUGGCCCAGUGUGAGGCCGAGGUGGGAACUCUACUCAGCAUCAUUGCUGAACUCAACAGGAAAAUGGGCGCAUUACAAGCACCAAGUGAUCCAAAUGACCUUAAACCACAGGAGCCAGUCAUCCUCGCUCCGGCUCCAGCCUCCAUGUCCAGCCCUCCUCCAUCCCUCUGCAACCCGGAGGAACACACUGGCACUGCGUCUAAAGCACCAGUAACCAACAGAGACGGUAGUGGUGAGGUGUGGUCAGAGCUCCAGGGGGUCAUGUCUGCUCUGGAAGGUUCCAUCAACACCAGGAGGGCCUGGGCUGUCUCUAACACUGCCUAUGGUCAGGACAGACAGACGGAACACCUCACAGCCGCCAGGGACAGCUGGGUGCAAGUCACACAGGUCUUAGAGGAGAUGGAGAGAGAGUUUGGGAUCUCGUACCCGUCUGGUCUGCCCCCUGAGGAGCGUCAGCAAUACCAGAAGGACAUCCUGGCACUUCACCAGCGGAACUGUGCCCUGCGCAGCACCCUGCAGAGCAGACAGGAAGAACUGGAGGGGGCAAAGGUCACCGUAGGAGACAUGGAGGUUGAGAGGAACAGUCUACAGGAGAGGUUACUGGGUCUCCAUAAGGCGUGGCGGUCAGACAGCCUCUCUCCUCCCUACAGCUCCUCAGGGAGCUCCAGUGGUGGGGUUCUGAGUCCUGGCUGGGCCUCCCCUGUUUCCCCUUCAUUCCUUGGCUCUCCUCCCAUCCCCGGGUCACCUCUGUUCCUCAGGAGACCCACCGCCAUGGGGGUCUUCCCGUCCCUCUCCACUGGUGGGGACAUAUCCUCCUUGGCCUCCCCAUCACCGUCCCCCUGGCCUGGGAGUGUCCCACCAGGCAGCCCCUGUCCUAGCCCCAGCCCCAGCGUCAGCCUGGAGGGUGAGACAGAGAGACUACAGAGGUGCAUAGAAAGGCUGAAGGCCCGGAACGAGCAUCUGACUGCAGCUCUGGGCAGGAGAAAGGGAGAGUCAGAGCAGAUCAGUAUGACGCUCAGCAGACAGGAAGCUGACAGCACAGCCCUGCAGAUGGCUCUCCAAUACUGCGAGGAGUGUGAGGAGGCCUACAGUGAGUUACUGUCGCUGUACGAGGGCAGGAAACAGCAGGUCAUACCACACUGGAGACAGAUAGCAGGCCCGGUCAUGGAGAGUCAGCUGCCCAACAGGCCGUCCCUCUGGAGUCUAAGAACUGAGGAGUUGUCCACCUCCUUCUCAACACCAGGGGGCGCUGUGGAGACAGAAACGCACAUCCAGACCAGGUUCCAUCGCUAUUAUACUGCGGGGUCCGAGGUAGAGGGGUGCGAGGCGGACAUUCGGGAGCGUAUCGAGCGGUUGAAGCAGGACAGGGCCGCAGUGUGUGUCCCUAAGCCAGGGCCUGGGGGAGAGGGGAAUCUCAGCCCAGAUACAGGCACCCUGGGUGGGCCAAGAGGGAGCCGCGGAGGACAGGGGGGCCAGGACACCUCCAACCCCCAGAGCACCAACAGAGAGAAGGCUGUUCUGCUCUAUGAACUGGUCACUGUCAGGGAGGAGAUGUCGGAGCUGCGAGGUCUUAUCCGUCUGACGGAGAAGGAGCGGAGGUGUCUGGACUGGAGUCUGAUGGCUCAGAAGGCGCAGGAUGCAGCCGGAGCCCUGAUCUCUGAGAGCCUCGCUGAGGAGAUAGAGGACAGGAGGACAAAACAGCAGAGGACUGCUGACAACAAGAACAAGCUAAAUAUCCCUGGGCCUCAGAACCGCACCAUCCUUCGAGAGCUACAGGUCGUCCUGCAACGGGAGCAGGUGCUGAAGAGGAGGGUGUCGACGGUGAGGGAGUCUCUGGACUUGGUUCUCUCCGACAGCGCCUCUCGCAGGAGAGACAAUGAUGAACAGAUGGCUCGGCUCGCACAAGCGCACGGCAAGGCCACAGGGUCAUACCGGAAGGCUCGCAGGAAGUACAGGGAGCAGCUGUGGAGGCUGGAGUGUCAGGUGUCAGCCAUGUCAGAUCGUCACAUGACCCAGAUCGGAGCCCUGAAGGCCACGCUGGAGGCCAUGGACUGCAGGAGGGAAGAGACUGUACUCUGACUGAGCUGAGAUCAGCUUCUGGGGACAUUGGUCCUAACUUCUGGUCCAGGGUCAGAUAUUAUCCUCCAAAUGGUUAGGAUGGAGUUGGGAUUUGAGGGUUAGGAUUAGCCUCAUACUACCAUCCUGAUCUCGCGAGCUUACUUAAAUAUGUAGUAAAACCUAUUUUAUGUAAACUCGCGAAAUCAGGAUGGUAGUACGAGGCUAUGUAAGGAAUGAAGAUCAAAUAAUCUGAUCCUUGAUCUGUGAUUAGAGGCAACUACUCUAGCCAGCCCUGCCUCCAAUCUGGCCAUAGAUGUUGCUGCUGUCUUCAUUCAAGAAAAUGGCAGCAUUAUCCACAUGCUCAGAUCCAGAGAGCUGUAAGCAGCAGCUCUGAGCCUGGUCAGGAUUUGACCCUGAGGUCAUGGGUUAUUUAGCCACACAGCCUGACUCUAAAAAGCGUGGCCCUGCCACUCUGAUCUGACAGUGGAGAGGUGAUCAGGUCUGAUGUGUCCAAGCUCUUCCCCCUUCUUCCUUUCUCUCCCUCUCUUCCUCCACCCCCCCCCCUCUAUCUCAUUCACUCUCUCUUUCUCUCCUCUCCCUCUCUUCCUUCAUCUCUCCCCCUCUGCCCUGUCUGAGGUGACCGGCCAGCUGCGACUAGCAGUCAGGAGGUUAAGGCAAAGGUUGAGUGUCACACCCACCGGGUCACAGCGGUGCCUGGCUGUUGUGUCAACCUCUGAAUGGAAGGUUCAGGGGGCCAGACUAGGAGGUGAGCCCCUGCCACCCUGACUCUUGCCCUCUGUGGUAGCAGGGGUCAUCAGGGUGGGUCUGCUGCCCUGCUCCACUCUCCCUGGUUAUUUUCUCUCUCUCUCUCUCUCUCUCAACCUCUCUCUCUCAACCUCUCUCUCUCAACCUCUCUCUCUCAACC